GCGGCUUUCUGCCCGGAAGGCGCGGGUUUUCGUGGCGGCCGCAAAAAAAUGUUGGGAGCUAAAGCAGAGUACUUACUACCUACGGACUGCGCGCGCCGGCUGAUGGCGGAGCUGCAGGGCGCCCUGGAUUCCUGCGCCGAACGACAGCGGCAGUUGGAGCGAAGCCUGUGCGUUUCCAGGCGGUUGCUGCAGGUCUGGGAACCACCCAGGUCCCCAUCUCCAGAUCCAGAAACCAAGGAAGAGGACCCAACUCCAGCAUCCACACCGAGUGCUCAAGACCUCAAGGAACUGGAGCUUCUGACCCAGGCACUGGAGAAAGCUGUACGUGUGAGGAAACGCAUGUCUAAGGCUGGACAAAGAGACAGAACCCCCAGCCUCACAUCUAAUGCAGCUGCUUCUGGUGCCACGGCCUCUGCCCAUUCCCAGGCUCCCGGCCAGGCUGGCAGCCAGGUUCCAGGAGCAAGAUCCACCAAGGGCACAAAACGGGCCACAGUCCCUGCCAAGGAAAACCCUGAGUGCAGACUUCUGUCAAGGGGAGAUAGGACCCAUGUGAGAACACAAGCCCAAACUGCUGGGUGUGGCCUAGGCCUCAAGGCCCAACAAAUGACCCCAUCAGCCGUUCCUCAUGCCACAGAACGCUUCACACUAAAGGAGAAGGGGACUCUCCUGCAACUACCUGUGGCUUUCCGGAAGGCAGCUUCCCAGAAUUCCCGCCUGUGGGCCCAGCUCAGCGCUACACAAACCAGUGACUCCAUGGAUGCCACCAGAAUCGCCAAAACUCAGUUCCUCCACAAACUCCAGAUGGCUUCAGGCCGUUCCAGCCACAGGCCUAGUGCUGCAGAAGUGGCUGUGCAUGCCCAGAGCCUGAGGAAGGCUUGUUUGCUGCUGAGACUUCAUAUGCAGAAGGAACUUGCAGCAGCCCCCACUGACUGGACGCAGGAGUAUCGGUGCCUGCUCACCCUGGAAGGACUGCAGGCCAUUGUUGGACAGUGUCUCCACAGGAUACAGGCACUGCAAGCAGCUGUGACAGAGCAACUGCCAGGACCGUGCCUUGUGGAGACGCCCACUCAGACCUCCUCCCUUUGCGGAGGAGAGGUGGGCUCUUCCUGGAGCCCUGAGUUCCUUAUCUACUCUACCACCAAGGAGCUGCAGACCUUGGCAACCUUGAAGCUUCAAGUAGCCAUGCUAAACCAGCAGAUCUAUCUGGAAAAGGUUCUGAUGGCUGAGCUCCUCCCUCUGGUAAACACACAGGAACCUGGAGGGCCGCCUUGGCUGGCGCUGUGUCGGGCUGCUUACAGUCUGCUUUGUGAAGGAGGCGAGCGCUUCCUCACAGUCCUUCGAGACGACCCUGUUGACUAAGCAGUCUGGGAAGACAAGCCUCUCUGGGAGAGCCCCCUCCUCUCAGCUGGAGUAUGGUGAAGAGGGAUUGAGGGAGAUUUUUUGGAGCUAA